AUGCCUUCUCCUUUGUUCAACCAGCAUCCAGCGACAUCACUACCACCACCACCACAACAACUACCACGCCCGAAUCACCGAUCCACCACCCUGGCCAUCAACAGUGUGCUCGCUCCCAAGUCACCAGUAAACCCCGACUUCUCGAACCCGCCAUCCGCCUCCUCUACUACCACCAGCUUCAACAAGAUCGACUGGUCCUCAGAUGGUGGCCUACCGUCCUCCGCGCAUGCCGCCCACCGCCGUCCCGAAGACAUCGAGAUGGACCCAAUAAUAGGAGGCCCAGCUGGCCACCGCCGCCGGCGGAGCACUCUCACCGCCGGACCCAGCAGCAGCUCGCAACCUCCCAACACCCGAACGUCGCGCCCGCGUGCCGCCAGCAUAAAGACACCGGGCGACCCGACUGCCAAGAUUUCGGAAGAAAGCCAGGGACUGCUGGUCUCGCCGCGACCAGAACACGUGGACGAUGACAGUCUGUCAGACGAGGAUUUACACGAUGACGAGGAGACGGGAUUGACCAAGAAAGACAAGCGGAAGAAGCGAGACAAGCGCCGGCGGAACACGAGACUCGACCAGAGGAUUGUACGCGACAAGAUCACCGACGAGGAAAAGAAAGAGGCAGACCAGAACUUCUUCAGAAAGCUGGGUAUCAAUGCUGUCCUGAUUGGGCUUUGGUACCUGUUUUCGCUGUCUAUUUCCCUGUACAACAAGUGGAUGUUCGAUUCCAACCAACUCAACUUUGCGUUUCCCUUAUUCACGACCGCAAUGCAUAUGCUGGUGCAGUUCACCCUCGCCGGUUUGGUGUUAUACUUCAUACCCUCCCUACGGCCUGGCUAUGCGCAGCACAGUUCCGACCUUGGCCGGUCACGACACGAGUCCGAGCCCGAACGGCCCAUCAUGACCAAGAUGUUUUAUCUGACGAGGAUUGGGCCGUGUGGUGCGGCUACAGGUCUAGACAUCGGCCUGGGAAAUACGUCGCUAAAGAUUAUAACCCUGACCUUCUACACCAUGUGCAAAUCGUCCUCACUAGCAUUUGUGCUCAUCUUUGCCUUCUUUUUUCGUCUCGAAACUCCUACGUGGAGGCUUGUAGGCAUCAUCGCAACUAUGACAGCUGGCGUGGUUAUGAUGGUGGCGGGAGAGGUCGAAUUCAAACUAAGGGGCUUCAUCCUAGUUAUUUCGGCCGCAUUCUUCUCAGGCUUUCGCUGGGGCCUCACCCAAAUUCUUCUCCUUCGACAUCCAGCUACCUCAAACCCUUUUUCGAGCAUUUUCCUCCUGGCGCCCGUCAUGUUUGCCACAUUGCUGGUAAUCGCCUUCCCUGUGGAAGGCUUCUUUGAAUUGAUAGAGGGACUCAAGGUGUUGAGCAACGAGUGGGGUUCUGUCAAAGCACCCUUGAUUCUGCUGUUCCCGGGAACCAUCGCUUUCCUUAUGACGGCUAGCGAGUUCGCUCUGCUGCAGCGAAGUAGCGUCGUCACCCUUUCCAUCGCCGGUAUCUUCAAGGAGGUCGUCACCAUCUUGGCAGCAGCACUGGUCUUCGACGACAAGCUCACACCCAUCAACAUCUCUGGUCUGCUCGUGACCAUUGGCGCUAUCGGCGCGUACAAUUGGAUCAAACUGACCAAGAUGCGGGACGAGGCGCAGAGGGAUGUACACACCAAGGCGUAUCAACAGGCGCAGUCCGGGUCGUCAAGCGACCUAAGCGACUCCGACGAGGAAGAAGCCGGCUUGCUCGCCCACGAGGAUGCUAGCGGUGUAGAGGAUAACCUCGUCACCGUGGACGGCGACUUGAUGCCGAGACCCAAGACGCCCAAGCGUUCAGAAGAUGGGAGAUCACUUCGGACAGAACACGCGCGGGAAGACUAA